GUUAGUAACUUAAUAAGCGUACAAUGCAUUAUGGGAGAUUAGUGAAAAAUUAGUGUUCCCUUUGAAUAAGAGUAUUUAGUCGGUGUUUUAUUUUUAUUACAAGAUGUUGAACGUGUUCUCAGCCCAAGUUGUCAGUUUAAAAAGAAAAUUAAAUGUUUCAAUUAGUUUACUUUUAUUUGGAUGUCGCGCAUGCGUACUUCCUGUCGUUUGUUGUUGGAGGCAAACGCAGCGCGGUGCUGAGAGGAUCAAUGGAGCAAUAAAUGGCAAUACCUCGUUAACAUUUUCAUGAGCGUGCUAGCACUCUAGCUUGCAGAAUCACCAGGGCUAUCAGCGAGCCUGACGGAUUAACUUGCUGCAUGUAGAUGCUCGUAACGUCAAGCUAACCGCGGCACCACGUUCAACAUCACCAUGGCUCACUGGACCGCCUUCGAAAAGGAGACAGAGAGAGAAACGAAAAAGUUGAUAAAAUGUAUCAGCGGGGUCGAGGACGAGGAGGACCAGAAUUUUCAGCUGGCACUGAAGUUUGCCUGGUCGAAUUUCAGGUUUCAUCGUUUCUUGGACGUGGACAGCCAUAAAGUCCAACGCAGUAUAAGUGGAAUCUAUGAUAAACUCAUGAUCCACUCAGAAUUGAGUAAAGCAGAAAGCUGGAUGAGACUGAGUGAAGAGUUCCUGAACUCACCAUUACCUAAUACAGAUGGAACAAAGACUGAUGCACACUACAGUAUACUGUCGCUGCUGCUCUUCUUAUCGGGGUCCCCCUCAAAUACAGAUUUUACAGAGAGACCCAGGGUAAAGGAGGCCGAACAUAAGGACAACUUUGACUGGGCAAAAUAUCUGAUGGAGGGUGAGGACCUAGACACGGGACCAUACCCAGAUACCCCUGAAUGGUCUGAGGAGGAGAGCGAAGACGAUGACAGCCAGCAACCAAUCAGCAGGGAAGACUCUGGGAUCCAGUUGGAUAGAACGCCCCAGGAAGACCAGGACAACGCUAACAAGACUGUUCCAGUUACAUGGACAGUGGGCGAGCCUGACGCCCGAGCCUGGCUUGAACAGCACAUAGUGACACCGUACUGGGUGGCUCAUGCACCUCGUUUUCCUCACAGCUUGCAUUUGCACUCUAACUUGCUCAAUGUAUGGGACCAGCACUUAUAUAACACUGAUCCAUUGUAUCUGACGGAAGAAAAGGCCUUUGUCACAGAGACCCAAGUGAUACGGGAGACACUGUGGCUUUUCUCCGGGGUUAAGAAGCACUUCAUAUUCCAACACCAUGAUGGAAAAGUGUCAGUAAGGAACAACGUGGUGGUAACUCAUCUGACCAGCAACUGUCUGCGCUCUGUCCUGGAACAUAUUGCUGUAUACGGGCAGGCGGUGUUCAGGCUGCAGAGGUUCAUAGACGAGGUGACGGGAUACAGCUCGGAGCCUUGCCCACCAGGCUCCGGUUCCUCCUACAGCUCCAAGAAGGGCUCUGAGCCUCCCUUCAGGACCUACCAGGCCUUUGUUUGGGCACUUAACAAGUACUUUACCAGCUUCAAAGAGGAGCUGACUACAAUUGAGCGAGAGCUCAUAUGCAAUGAUGAGACGUUGACCCUGUCUGCAGUUUUGGAGCGACUCAACCCUCACUUGGCACAGAUCAAAGUGCUGCACAAAGUCUUCUGUACCGGAGUCGCCGAGGUGCCCCCCGAGACCCCGAAUGUUGUGCGCGCCUCUCACUUGCUCAACACCCUGUACAAAGCCAUUCUUGAGUAUGACAGUGUCGGGGAAGCAUCAGAGCAAGCGGUGGCCUUGUUAUUUUCUUUGUGGACAGAGACAGUCAGACCGUAUCUGGAGAUUGUGGAUGAAUGGAUUGUUCACGGCCACCUGUUUGACCCUGCCAAAGAGUUCAUCAUUCAGAGGAACAAGGACGUCCCAGUGAACCACAGGGACUUCUGGUACGCCACCUACACUCUGUACAGUGUGUCCGAGACUGUGGAGAACGAGGAGAAGCUGAGUGACGCAGCCAGCGGGAGCUCUGGAGGGGAUCAGGGUUCCAGCAACAGGCAGCUCACCAUGGUGUCCUUCCUUAAACCCGUACUCAAGCAGAUCAUCAUGGCCGGGAAGUCCAUGCAGCUGCUCCGAAAUUUGGACUGCAAGGAGGCUGAACAGUCCGACAGAUCCUCCAGAGAUGCUGAGAGGAAGAGUUUAUACACUUUAUUUCUGGAGUCGGUGCAGUCACGCGUCUGCAGCCAAGAGGGGUCGCCCACAGACACAGUAACUGAACAACAGGCCACCAAGAGGAGCCUUAUAAAGAUGCAGUCCAUCAUUGCACAGCACCUGGAGAUCCAAGACGUUCAUGAUCCGUUGCUGGCCAUCAACUUUGCCAGGCUGUACUUGGAGCAGAGUGACUUCCACGAACGUUUCUCCGGGGGGGAUUUCAUCGUGGACCGCUCAUCUCAGUCUGUCACCUGCCAAACAUUCGAGCUCACCUUGCGUUCUUGUCUCUACCCCCACAUAGAGAGGAGGUACAUCGAGUGCUGCGGGAACCUUAUGAAGACUCUGAAAAAAGACUAUAAGCUGCUGGAAUACCUCCAAGCUAUGAGGAACUACUUCCUGCUGGAAGCUGGAGACACAAUGUAUGACUUUUACACAGCCAUCUUUGAUAAAGUGCAGGAGAAAGAGAGCUGGCAGCAGUUGUCUUUUCUUAAUGUUCAGCUGCAGGAGGCAGUUGGACAGCGCUGCCCCGAGGACAGCAGCAGGUUGUCAGUCUUCUUGGAGACCAUCGACCCUGCCAGGAAAAAACAUCCUGUGAACAAUCUAGAAGUGCUUACCCUGAGUUACAAGGUUCCCUGGCCCGUUGACAUUGUCAUCAGCUCAGAGUGUCAGAAGAUCUACAAUCAAGUGUUUCUCCUCCUGCUGCAGAUCAAAUGGGCCAAAUACAGUUUGGACACACUUCGAUUCAGUGAUUUCACAGGUGUCUCUAAGAAACUGGAGGGAGAGCAGGCUGAGGAAGUAAAGGUCAAAGAGCCUGUAAAUCAGCAGAUCCACCGAAUGUGUCUUCUGCGGGUCAAACUCAUGCACUUUGUCAACAGCCUUCACAACUACAUCACGACCAGGAUUUUGCACAGUACAGGACUGGAGUUUCAGCAUCAAGUACAAGAAGCAAAGGACCUGGACCAGCUGAUCAAGAUCCAUUACAGAUAUUUGGCAACCAUUCACGACCGUUGCCUACUGAGGGAGAAGGUCAGUUUCGUGAAGGAGGCAAUAAUGAAGGUUCUCAAUCUAGUCCUCAUCUUCUCUGACCGAUGGCAAGCUGGCUUUGGAGCUUGGAACCACCAAACCCGAAACCUGCGCCACUGUAGCUUUUGUGACAAGCCCGUCUGUGUUUGUCUUUCACUUUCAGGAUCGAGUCCAUUGAUAAAAUGGAAUCUGAUUUCAAAAACUGUCACAUGUUCCUUGUGACUAUACUCAACAAGGCUGUAUGUCGUGGCUCCUUCCCUCAUUUGGAGUCUCUGGCCCUCUCUCUGAUGGCAGGGUUUGAGCAGUGCUGAGGAACGAUGCAUGUGUUGAUGUGAUGGACUAAACUCCACUGUCUGGUUCUCCGUCUCAUCACUGUCUGUUGUCUGACUGCUGUCAUUGUUCAGGAUGAUGUGCAACAUUACAUGAUGUCACUGUCUGCUCUGACUGUUGGAGACGGACUUGGACUACAUGAUGCUGGAGGAUUAUCUGUGUCUUUUUAGGGCCACAGUCAAACAAGCUACUUGUGAAAAUAUGUCACCUUCUAUAUUUUAAAAAACUUUAUCUUUCUGUAAAGGUGUUUUUUUUUUUUUUAUGAGCUGUUCCGUUAAUUGUUAAUAAUGUGUAUAAAUGAAGCACAAUAAAGCUUGCACAAUGAUGUAGGUAUAUCCCAUGUUGUUAUUCAACAUCAUGUAACAUUGUUUAUAAUAAAAAUGUAUUCAUGUAAGUAUUGACAAUGUAAUCCACUAA